AUGAAGAAGAAUCGCACUGAAUGUGUCCACAAAUGUGAGCAAUGCCAGUGUUACUCGAAAGUUCCAAGGGCUCGACCAACAAAGAUAACCCUCAUGAACAGUCCUUGGCCCUUUGUGGUCUGGGGAAUAGACUUAGUGGGAUCACUUCCAAAUAGAAAGGGAGGAGUCAAAUUUUCCAUUGUCACUGUUGACUACUUCACUAAAUGGGUGAAAGCUAAAUCCAUGAACAUGGUGACUUCCACGAAGGCUCUAGACUUUGUGAUUAAAAAUAUAGUGUGUAGAUAUGGACUUCCACACAAGAUAAUGUCUGAUGGAAAGCAAUUCAAUAGUGAUCAAUUCACUGACUUUUGUACCAAACAUGGAAUACUCAAAAGCUUUUUUGCAAUGGCCAGACCUCAAGCAAACAGACAAGUGGAAGCCCUCAAUAACAUUCUGAAGACCACCUUGAAAAAGAAACUUCAAACUUGUAAAGCUCACUAG